CACAACUUCUCUUCAGUUCGAUUCGCUUCAAUUCCAUCCAAUUUCAACUACCACAUAGCGACUUUAGUUCAAAAGAUAAGGAUCGCGAACCGAAUGGGAAAUCCUCACUCUUCACCAAGAAGUAAGCGAGAGGACUCCGCCUUCAGCCUACAGUAUCGUUCUUCGUCGUAAUUUUCUCUGAAAAAUUCACAAUCCAAAAGCAAGCAUCUUCCAAUUUUCCUUAUAAAUAAAUACAUAGAUAUUAUAUAUACAUACAGUACUUCGCCUCUGUGUAUAUUCGAUUGAUCGAGUACUCAGUCAGAUGAAUAACAAUACGACGUCGCAGUAUAUGGACAAGCAGAUCAUGGAUCUCUCCAAUUCUCAGAGCGCCGCCGCUGCUACUGACAACAAUGGCGGCGGCAACAGUGACUUCAUCGAUUUCAUGAAUCGUCCGCCGGAGAAGAAAGACGACAUCGUUCCGAGCUACGAAUUCAUGCCGAUUCGACCCGCUGUCGGAUCGUCGUCUCCGAAGGCUGCACGUCCGUCUAAUUUUGACUCCGGCGACGACGAUGCUCCCCUCAGAACGUGGAAUUCCUUAGAUUCCAGACCCGGUGCCUCUCCAAUCAGAAAUUACAAUUCUAUUGAUGCUGAUGAGCCUGCCAAGUUUGUUUUGGGGAACAAUCACAAGCCUAGCAAUGCGUCUUUGGAUGCGUCUUUGGUUUCCGAGAUUGAUAAGACGAUGAAGAAGUAUAUGGACAAUUUGACACAUGCUGUUGAUAACAUGAGUGCAAGAUUAUCUCAGUUGGAAACAAGGACUCGCAACCUCGAACAUUCCAUUGAUGAUCUUAAGGUUUCUGUUGGUAAUAACCAUGGCAUCACUGACGGAAAAAUGAGACUGUUGGAGAAUAUCCUUAACGAGGUGCAAGCUGGUGUAGAGCUUAUAAGGGAUAAACAAGAAGUAGUAGAAGCUCAAGUACAGAUUGCUAAAAUGCUCAACCCGAAAGUUGAACAAGUUGAAAGCAAGAACACUGCACAUAUGGAUUCUACUCAGACAGGAGUUCCUACUCACCAGCAGUACUCUACUGUUUCUCCGGCACAACCACCGCCACCCAACGCCCCUCCACCACCACCUCCACAGCAUAACUUACAGCCUCAAGUUCAGUUUCCCAAUCAGUUCCCUCAAAACCAACCACCUUCUAUUCCUCAGCGAGAGUCUUAUUUCCCAUCACCCGGUCAAACCCCCGAAAACCCGAAUCAGCAAUACCAACUACCUCCACCACCACCCCCACUACAGCUGCAGCAGCACCACCCUGGCGCACCACCGUCACAGCUACAAUACUCUCAGCAGCCACCACCUCCUCAGCCGCAGUACUCUCAGCCGCCACCACCACCUUCUCAACCGCACCCCUCGUUCCCACCUGCUAACCCCUCUCUACCUCAACAACCAAUCGGUAAUCAUCUUCCAGAAGAAUCAAUGUAUGCACCCCCACAGACUUACCCAUCGGGAAUUCGCCCCCCACCCCCCUCUCAACAAUACUAUAGCCCCACCAACGUGUAUGAGCCUCCAUCAAACAAACCUGCAUUAGGAUAUUCUAGUUCUUUUGGUCCAUCAUCUGGUCAUGGUGAUCCAUAUCCUUACAGCAGCUCUCCAUCAAAGUAUGGUGGUAAUAACUCGCCUGUGAAAGCACAGCAUAUGGGCCAGAGUGGUGGAAGUGGUUAUCCACAGCUACCUACAGCUAGAGUAUUACCUCAAGCACUGCCGGCAGCCGCCGCAGUAGGUGGUGGUGGUGGUGGUGGUUCUGGGUCUGGUUCAGGUGGUUCUGGGAAUAGGGUACCUAUUGAUGAUGUAGUCGACAGAGUAACAAACAUGGGAUUUCCGAGGGACCAAGUCAGGGCGACGGUGAAAAAGUUGACAGAAAAUGGACAAGCGGUUGAUCUGAAUAUAGUCCUCGACAAGUUGAUGAAUGAUGGAGAUGGACGAAAUUGGUUUGGUCGGUAAAUCGAGCCUUUUCUGCUUCGUGGUUUGUAGAGAUUUAAAUUACCCGUUUUUGUGUUAACUCUGCGUGGACAAAGAUAAUUUCUCGUGUUUUGAUUGUCCUGUAAUUGGGUUUUACAUUUUUUCUAGAGAUAUUUAUGAAACCUUGUUCUUGAGUUUGAUCAUGAUUUGCCAAUGUGCUUUGUGUUUGUAUUUGUCUGUGUUUAUAUUUCCUUUCUUUUCAUCCUCACUCCCCAGUGUGUAAGUAUCCAGUGUAAGUUCUUGUGAUUAUAUAUACAUUUGUCUGUAAAAUCGUAAAUCAAUACAUUUCGGGUAUUGUUA